AUGAAUAAAACCAAACUCAAUGAAAGAGAAGAAGAUUCAAAUUUUUGAGGUUUGCACUUCCUUAAAAUAUUGAGAUGUUCCUGAUGAACUUGGCGGGUACCCAAUUGUUUGAGCAUCUAUUGCCAUUUUUACUAGAUCAGAUGAACUCGGUAGGUACCCAAUUUCCAAAGAUGGUCCAUUUUCUCGAGUAGCUGGAGGAAAAAUUAGCAUCGGUACAUUAGUUCUCGACAAUAAUUAACUGGCGGUGUGUUUCUGAGGAUGCUUAAGUUCGUGGCGAUCUUUUUGUCGCAAUUGAAAUGUGCCAAACUCGUUGAUGCGAAGAGAGAGAGAGAAUAGGGAAAGAUGUGAUUUUUUUCUGUGAACAGUGGAAUUAUUAUGCUGUUUUUGGUAUUCUUUGGGUCUCUCUACAUGGAGAGAGAAAAGAAAGAAGGGAAAGGGGCGAAGAUUUAGGGCAAUGGUGGGUCUGCGACUCGUCGCGUCUCUUCCGAUCCGUUCUCAGAACCCUAGCUUUUCGCCAUGCAUCUUCCUGUCAAGGUAUCUUGCUUAAGUUUAAGCUAGGAUUGGAAUUUCAGUCUAUCACAUGAUGGACUAAUAUUCCAUUAGUCCCCUUGAAAGCAGCGGGACAAUGGCCAUUGUGUCGCAUGAUCAUUUGAUAUUAUGACUGCCCCCAUAGACAAGAAUGGGCUAUGGUCAUCCUCACGGAGGAAGCUCAAUAAACUUUUCACAAAAUGAGGGUUUGCAGGAGGAAAAGUUGCUACUGGAGAUGAUUCCUGAUGCUGAUUCCGAUGACUCUGAACUUGCUGAAGUUGGCUGUGAGCAUAUUAUGAUUGGAGUUCAAACAUGCAGUGUUCCAUACGAGCUUUACGAUCUUCCUGAUUUAAAAGAAGUACUCUCUUUGGAAACAUGGAAUCACCAUUUAAAUGAAGAUGAAAGGUUUUUUUUGGCAACUUUUCUUCCGGACAUGGACCAAGAGACGUUUUGUCUUACAGUAAAAGAAUUGCUUAGGGGCGAUGAAAUGUUCUUUGGAAGCCCACUCAAGAAGUUCCAAACAGGAAUGAAGGGAGGACUUUAUUAUCCACGAGUUACCUAUUUAAGAGAACGCCUAGUUUUCUUACAGAAGAAUGAAUAUUACCAUUGCAUGCGAUCAUAUCAUGAGAACAUGCUCCAAGCAUUUGCAGAUAUGAAGAAGUUAUGGGAUAGAGGUCGGCGAAACCUCACAGUUGAAGAAAGAAUUCAAAUUUGGAACAACAGGAGGGAGAACCAACCUAGGCUCUUGGUUGAUCUAAAUGCAUUUCCAGAUGAAGAUACAUUAAGCAAGUGCGAUAAAAUUGUUGAAAAUCAACCAUUGUCAAAGAAGUCCCACUGUGUAAAUGAAGGUCAUGCUUCAACAAUUAUUUUGAAUGGCUUAGUUCGUAACACUAACAGAAAAGGAAAGGGUGUGCUGAAGUUAAAGACAAUCCGGACAAACGCAGUGCAAAGUCAGAUCAUGCAACCAUUGCCAGACAAGCUGGAGCAGUCUUCGCAGAGGGUGCCGAAAGGCGUUCUGAAAAUAAAGCCUAAAUUUGACCAUCAUAAGCAGGAAACUUCAAGCGUAAAACUGGAACAAAUAUCUGCAUGGGAUAGUCGUGCACCCAAUUUCUCACCUCCACAAUUUACUUUGAAGAAGGAUGAAGUUGAUAUUAGUAAGAAGUCACCCAUUUUGUGUCAAAUAAAUAGAGAUGGAAGCACUUUUAGAAGCCCAGAGGUCAUACAUGGUGGCAAAGGACAGGAACUUCCAUAUGCUGAUGCUAAGAUUUCUGAGAUCUUUGAAAAGAAAUCAAAAAUGAGAAACUAUGUGAGGCAAGAGGCUCCAGAGACAGGUAGAAAACAGCAUCCAUUACGAAUUGAUCGUAAUUUGAACAAUCAUGCUGUAGAUGUCGGUCGCAUUGGAGACUGGCAAAACUUGACAAGAAAGAACUGGAGCUUAUUUAAGACUCAACAAAAUAUAUCAGCUGAGCAAAAUUCUACAGAUCCAAAUAAAUGGGGUCUCCAGCUUGAACCAGAAAUUCACAAAGAAAAAAUGCUAACUACAACAGCAACUGGAGAAAGUUUAUGGAUCUCAGGUAAUUGUAGUGACAAACAUGUGGUUUGGAAGAACCCUUCUGAACAUUUGGCGAAUGGAAUUAAAUUUGACACAGCUAAUAUAGCCGGAUCAGGAAUUGAAAAAUGCCCCAUGUUUCCGAUUACAUACAAGAGAAAGAAACCAUACAGAAAGGCCAACCAAAUGGACACUCCCAAGCAGCAACCUGUUCCAGUUAGCUUGGAUUCAGGUGCUCCAAGUGGAGCAGUGAAACCAAAACAAAUGGCUAUUAAGAUUAAGUUCCGAGGCUUGACAGGUCAGAUUGGUUGAUGCUAACAACUACCAUGCCUUUUGAUUGACAUUAGCCAGUGUAAAUGUAGUGAAUGAGAACCAUUAUCCAUCGUCUCCAAAUGGAGGCCAUUAAUUAAAGGUCAUGCGCUGCUUGUUAGGCUUCUAUUGUGAAAAUCAAGCAAACAAGCAAGCAUGAUUUUGAUGGCUUUCUCAGAAUUCCAAAGGAAACUGGACUUACACUUCUUUUGAGCAGAACUGAUCUGAUCUGGGACACAAAAGGAUCGGCCUGUGAUCACCAACUAUGAUGUUCUCGUAGUCAUAUGCUUUUGCUUUCUUCUACAUGUUUCACCCCUUACUCUCGGGUUAUAUCAAAUGUAUAUUGUGCCUGCAUCCUGAUUUAGACGAAGCACUGAAAUCUCCUCACACUAUUCACUAGUUUGACAAGUUUCACUUGUAACUCAUUGUAUGUUAAUAUGAGUAAUCUUCAUUCCAAUUA